AUGAACCCCACAUUUUGCGAAGAUUCAAUAAUGCUGAUGAUUGACCACGUCAUUGAUGCCACUCGGAGGGAAGACGGCGUUUUGGUGUCAAUAAAGACUGUAGAACGAGACAGCGAGGAAGUCCGCAUCGCGAGCUAUCUGUCGAGGCCAGAAGUGUCCUCACACCAUUUGAAUCACUGUGUGCAUGUGUUGGACAUCUUCCCGGACCCAUUUGAUCACAAUGCGGCGUUUAUGGUGAUGCCAUAUCUUCGCCCUUUCAAUAAUCCCGAGUUUGGUGCCAUAGGGGAAGUAACCGAGUUUGUGCGGCAGACGCUGGAGGGACUGUGCUUUCUUCACGGCCAGGGUGUUGCACACCGGGACUGUGCGGCCGCCAACAUUAUGAUGGACGGUACACCGCUGUAUCCACAGGGUCACCACCCUGUGCGUCGUGAGAGUAGUCCGGACGGCAUCUACCUCCUUUCCCCGCUAUCUCGCAUUGACCAUCCUGUGCGAUAUUACUUAAUCGACUUCGGCAUCUCCUCUCUGUUCGGGAAGGGCGAAUCGCCGUACGUUGUGGGAAGGAAGGGGCGGGACAAAGAACUUCCUGAGUUAUCGGACGAUGUUCCUUACGAUGCUUACAAGGUCGACAUCUUCAUCCUAGGCAAUUUAUUCAAAAAGGAUUUUUUGCAGAAGUAUUAUGGCCUUGAAUUCCUUGGACCCCUGGUAAAAGCCAUGACCGCGCGAGAUCCGGCCCAUCGUCCUGACGCCGAAGUCGCAUUGUCAAUAUAUCAUGAUAUCCGUCGAGGGCUGGAUCCUUCGCUGCUGCGCUGGCGGCUUCGUCCGCGAGACGAAUCAGCACCCGAACGUAUUCUCUAUGAUUCUGUCGCCGUUGCGCGCGAAGGUAUAUAUCGCCUGAAGCAUAUCGUCGGUUAG